AUGGCCACAGAUUCUUGGGCCCUGGCGGUGGACGAGCAGGAGGCAGCUGUCAAGUCAAUGAGCAGUUUGCAGAUCAAGGAAGAGAAAGUCAAACCGGAAACCAAUGGUACUGCUGAAUGGGACUCCGAGUGCCUUACAUCCCUGCAGCCCCUGCCACUACCACCCCCCCCAGCUGCCAGUGACGCACACCUGCAGACCGCAGCCAUCUCCCUGUGGACCGUGGUGGCUGCUGUGCAGGCCAUCGAGAGGAAGGUGGAGGUCCACAGCCGGCGGCUCCUGCACCUAGAAGGCAGGACAGGGACGGCCGAGAAGAAGCUGGCCAGCUGUGAGAAGACAGUGACUGAACUCAGCAGCCAGCUGGAGGGCAAGUGGGCCGUGCUGGGCACGCUGCUGCAGGAGUACGGGUUGCUGCAGCGGCGGCUGGAGAACAUGGAGAACCUGCUGCGCAACCGCAACUUCUGGAUCCUGCGGCUGCCCCCGGGUGCUAAAGGAGAUGUCCCAAAGGUACCUGUGGCAUUUGAUGAUGUCUCCAUCUACUUUUCCACUCCAGAGUGGGAAAAAUUAGAAGAGUGGCAAAAGGAACUUUACAAGAAUAUCAUGAAGGGCAACUACGAAUCUCUCAUCUCCAUGGAUUAUGCCAUGAGUCAACCUGAUGUCUUAUCUCAGAUUCAACCAGAAGGAGAACAUAACACAAAGGAUCAGGCAGGCCCAGGAGAGAGUGAGAUCCCUGCAGUCCCCCGUGAAGAGCCUGGACUGUCAACAUCAGACAUCCUGUCUUGGAUCAAGCAGGAGGAGGAGCCUCAGGUCGGGCCCCCGCAGGAGGCCAAGGAGAGCGAGGUGUACAAAGGCACCUAUGCAGAGGAGGAGCUUGUCAUCAAAGUUGAAGGCCUUGCCCCGGCCGCCUUGUGCCCUGAGGUGCCGGUCACCUUCUCCACUGCCCCUGCAGCAGCGGCAAAGGAUGUUUUCCCAGAUGUGGCUUUCAAAAGCCAGCAGUCCGUGCCCAUGACACCUUUCGGACGGGUAGCCACCGACCUGCCCGAGGCCUCGGAGGGGCAAGUGACAUUCACUCAAUUGGGAAGCUACCCACUCCCGCCUCCUGUUGGGGAGCAGGUGUUCUCCUGCCACCACUGUGGCAAGAGUCUCAGCCAGGACAUGCUGCUGACCCACCAGUGUGGCCAUGCCUCCGAGAACCCUGGGCCCUGCGCCCAGUGCCCGAAGCACUUUCCUGCGCAGCCGACCCUGGGCAGCGCCUCCCAGGACCACGCCGGUGAGACGCCCCCUACCUGCCCACACUGCUCGCGGACCUUCACACACCCCUCACGACUCACCUACCACCUGCGUGUGCACAACAGUGCUGAGCGCCCCUUCCCCUGCCCUGACUGCCCCAAGCGCUUUGCUGACCAGGCGCGGCUCAGCAGCCACCGGCGUGCACACACCAGUGAGCGGCCCUUCCGCUGCACACAGUGCGGCCGCAGCUUCAGCCUGAAGCUCAGCCUGCUACUGCACCAGCGGGGCCAUGCACAGGAGCGCCCCUUUUCCUGUCCACAGUGUGGCAUCGACUUCAAUGGCCACUCGGCCCUCAUCCGCCACCAGAUGAUCCACACAGGCGAGCGGCCAUACCCGUGCACAGACUGCAGCAAGAGCUUCAUGCGCAAGGAGCAUCUGCUCAACCACCGGCGGCUGCACACGGGCGAGCGGCCCUUCCCGUGCUCACACUGCGGCAAGAGCUUCAUCCGCAAGCACCACCUCCUCAAGCACCAGCGCAUCCACACGGGCGAGCGGCCCUACCCCUGUGCCCUCUGCGGCCGAAGUUUCCGCUACAAGCAGACACUCAAAGACCACCUGCGCUCAGGGCACAGUGGGGGAUGCCCAGGCGACAGCAACCCCUCAGUGCCACCACCUGAGCCGCCUGGGCCACUGCUUCCUGGAAUCGAAGCCUCUGGCCUUGGAGUGAGCACAGAGGCACUAGAGACCAGUCAGUGGUAUGGGAACGGGAGCGGAGGGGGGAUGCUAUAGCUGCAGCUGCAGCCUCCUCCCCCCUGCUCUGUGCACAGGCUCACAGAGGGGACCCCUCCACCCACAGUAAUUAUCCUCCAAUGUGUCGGGGAAUUCAAGGUCCUCUACAGUAACUACUGUCUCAGAACUUCAUAGCUGUGCAACAGUACCAUAUCCGGAAGUCCAGAAAAACUGGGAUCAGCACCCCCAUGUUUCCAAAGAUGCUACAAAAGCAGAAGUUAGGAGACUCACAGAGAGGUUGGAAAGCCAGGUUUCUGUCUGGCUGUCUUGUCCCAGGGCCAGGCCUCAGUGAGCUUUAUACCAUGUAGAGAAAAGUGUGCUGGGAGAGCCUAGAGCUCACCUGAGGCGGGCGAAUGGUGAAGGCCUUCCCUCAGUUCUUGAUAGGUGAGGUGGUUGUCAGAAGAAUGUGCUUUAACCAUGGCUUACCUCGCUGCCUUCUUAAACGCUCUGUCCACGUCCCCUGUGUAGCUCACCCAUCUGUCCUGACACGUCAGGACUCAGGACGGCCUUCCUGGUGACCCUCCGUUAUCUUCUUAUACAUUUGUUUAUAUUGGGGAGCAGAACACUGAUUUUACUAGCUUAUCUAAGAAGACAGUUCCUAAAUUGUACUGCUUGGUUCUAGCGGUUAGACUCCUGUACCAACAUUUGCUACCAGGGAUCUUUGUAAAGAUCCAGGCUAAGGAACUGGGAGCAGUUUGACAGCUAGAGAGCCCCAAGAAAUAGCUGGCAUAACAGCGGCAGCAGCUGGAAAUCUGUGCCUGGCCUGUGUUUCUAGAGCAUUCAUGUCUCCCUUUUUCCAGGCCGGUAAGCUGAAUUUUUAGUUCCCAAUGUCUGGUUUUUUGCCAGUCACCAGCAGCAGUGAUCACAGUGCCCUCCACAAGUACGAAGGAGUUUCUGAAAGCGCCCCUUGGGGCAGGCUUGGCUUUCUCAGAUCUGCAGCAGUGGGGUGGUGUUCCCAAGCUAUCCAAGAGAGUGCUGUCCUCUCAGCUGGCCCUCCUGCAUUGCCACCUCCCACAUCCCCGAGAGGCAACCCCAUGUUCAGACAGAGCUGGCCUGUGUGCCUCAUGGCUACUGUGUGUUCUUUUCUUGGGUCACUCAGUCCCUGGAGCAUCUGAGUCUGGUUCUGCCCCUGAGUGUCUUUACACUUGAUGCACGCCCCCUUCCCUUUACAGUGCUCAGAUUUUCAUCUGCAGAAUGAGACUGAGCUGAACCUGGUGGUGCACGCCUAUAAGACAAGCACUGGGGAGGCUGAGGCAGGAGGAUCACUCUGAGUUCAAGGCCAGCCCAAACUACAGAGAGGGAGAGACUCUGUCUUAAAAAACAAAAGAUACACCCCAGCCUCCACCUGCAUGGGAGGGCGGUGAACCUCCACAAAUUUAAAAAAAAAAAAAAAAAAAAUGCCUUGUGAUACAUUCCUCCUGCCAAAAGCCUGUCUCUGCUCUGGCUUCUGUCCAAGUGAAGCCAAAUAAGACAGCAGAAUCAAAGCAAAGGAGUUCUUGCAGAAACUUGACUGAAAUCAGUUUGAUUCGUUGGUUUGCUCUUGUUUUGUGCCUGAUGUAGACGACAGAAUGCAGAAGUCCCACAUCUUAGGCGAAACAGCUCUUGUGCCCUCUAGUUCCCCUAAAUAUGCAGUGUUAGGGCAAGGUCUGGGACCUGAACAGGAGGGAGCCUCCUCCAGUAGGUGGUAAGACUUGGGUUCUCCUUCCAGAGUCCGACCUUCCCUCUGCCUCACCGUUCAGUACCAUGCGGGGAAAGCUGUCAGCCCAGCUGACUGUACCCCCAGGAGGCUCGGUGUGAACAUGUGGCUAGGAGGACAGUUACAGUUCUAAAACACCGCACUGUGACAGUCACUAGACCAGGGACCACAGGCGACAUGAAGGCUGGCCUGCUGUCGUGACCACGUUUUUAGGCAUUGAAAAUGUUAAUAAAACAAGCCAGGUGGUGGGCAGCACCUGGUGUAUCGGGAUGAAGAUAGGAAAAUGUAGGAGUUCUGAGAGUCCCAAGAGCAGGGUUCUGGCUUUACUGAUGCCCCACUAGGACCUCCGUGCCCUCUAGUUUCAGCUCUGUGAUGUACCUUGCUUCCCACACUGAAAAGGGAGAAGAAUCCUAGGAGAGCACUACUUUUAGGUGGUGAGCUAAAAUCCUAAAGAUCUUUUCUGAAUGGAUCCAAGUGUCUUCCAGGCUAUGCUGGAGAAGGGGCUCCUACAGGAGGCUUGAUGUGGGAGUAGGUUACAGUUAGGAUUCAUUUUAGCCCAAAACAUUUUUUUUCUUUUUUUUUUUGGUGGCCA